AUGUGCUACAAGCAGGCAUGGCCACAACACAAACAAUGGCAUGAAGAUAAUGCAUCCAACAUCAAGAGGUACGUGGAAAUGAUGGAUAUUGGGACUAUCGUCCCCGAGAACAUUUCCCAACCUGUGGAGGACCCCAUGGAGCAGGCACCCGAGUACUAUGGAACCAUUGCCAUCGCCAAAUCCAAAUUUCAAGCUGGCGAAAUUUGCCGUUCCAAAAAGCUCCUCCGUAAAGCCAUUAAACUGGAUACCAGACGACCAGAAGCAUUCGACAAGCUCAGUGUUUGCUAUAAUUUUUCAGGACAGCGAAAUGAAGCCAACUUCUAUUUUAUGGAAGCAUUCAAACGAUAUGCCUUUGUGGCCUUGACCAAUAACUUUGGAAAGGUCCAAGACAUCGAUCUUUCAUUCUAUGUAUGGUCAGGCGGUGUUUGUUCUCUAGCCAAGAAUUACUUUGAGAACUCAGAGUUGAACAAACCGGAUUGGUGGCAUCACGAUGGAAUGGUCCAGCGAAUCACCAAAAUGGCAAUCGGUGUACUCAAGGCUGAUGUCAUGACACUCCCAGACCAGAUUGGUAUGGUCUAUCUUUUGCAAGCAUUUGCAUUGGCUGGCAUUGUCCGUCAUUUUCAUGCUUCGUUCGAUGGUGCAGAAGUUACAAUCCCAGAAGAUCGCACUCAUGAAGAGCUGGUGGAGGCCUAUGUGAUCUUCAAAAAGGCAACCAAGAACAUAUAUAUCACCUCUACAGCUGCCAUAGAUUCAUUUUUUGAGUCUGUAGUGUUGGAAACCAUAAGGAAGAGACAUGCACAGGCCAAAGAACAAGUGAAUAGUCGCAUUGCAGAGCCAAGUGUGUGCCAAGCAGGUACAUUGGUGGUUGUGGUUGGAUUUGACCUUGAAAGUCUUUUGGGUUCUAAGAUAAAAGCAGGGAUGGUGUCCAGAGAUGGGUUGCAGGAUGGCAGAGUUGCUGUGAAAGUAGAUGGAUUCAGCGAGCUCCAGCUGAUUCCUCCAGAAAAUCUGGUAGCAACUCCAUUCAAGGAGAGAGACGUGGCCCUCAUUUGCUGUUUGGGGGAUGGAUACCGGUACAAGUUUUUGAGAAGUUUUACCAUUGUAUUCCAAGAGGGUAUAAACGAAACCUUACUUCCUUUCAUCAUGGGCCAUCGGAAGUUGACUGUGUGGUCAGGAAAUUAG